UGUAACUGGAUUCUGUGUUGAUGUGUUUAAGGAAGCCGUUCAGAGUUUAGAUUAUGAAGUACAUUACGAUUUUAUCCCGUUUGAAGAUGCCAACGGACGAAUGGCAGGAUCUUAUGAUGAUCUUAUCCUUCAGGUUUAUCAUAAGAUUUGCAUAUGUCGAUUUCACGCUGCCAUUCACUGACUUAGGCAUCGGAGUUGUAGUGCCAAAAAUCAACAACGACAUCUGGGUUUUCCUGAAGCCUCUUUGUGGAGAUCUGUGGAUAACUGUCGCUGCUUUCUUUAUUUUCACUGGCGUUGUGAUUUGGUUUAUUGAACGUCCCAUCAACGAGGAGUUCCAAGGCUCACCGUCUGAGCAAAUAGGAAUGAUCUUUUGGUACUCUUUCUCAACUCUUGUAUUUUCCCACAAGAAGCCGUUGAGCAACUUGUCGAAGUUUGUAGUGAUAAUAUGGGUGUUUGUUGUGCUUAUAAUAACCUCAAGCUACACCGCAACUUUGGCUUCCAUGUUAACAGUUAAACAGAUACAAUUGAGCUCAAGAGACAACGAUGCAUGGGUUUCAAGUGAUAUUAGCAACUUUACAUUUGAAACUCGCAGACGAAGGGCAAACCAUUCUCCGGAAGAAUAUGCCGAUGCUUUAAGAAGGGGAAGUAAGAAUGGUGGUGCGUCAUCUAUUAUUGAUGAAAUACCAAACCUUAAAGUAUUCCUUGCCAAGUACCCUUCUGAUUACACCAUGAUCAAAUCGAAGGCUAUAACAGGCGGUUUUGGCUUUGUUUUCCCUAAACGUUCCCCACUUGUCCAAGACAUUUCAAGUGCAAUUAUGAGGUUAAGAGAGGAAAAAAGGCUGGAAAUGAUGGAAAAUAAAUGGUUUAACAGUGAAUCAAGCUUUACAACUCUGGACCCAGAAAGCAAUCCCAACAGGCUAAACAUUCAUAGCUUUGGGGGUUUGUUUCUUGUCACAGGAAUCUCUUCAAUUUCAGCUCUGGGGGUAUGCCUAUUUCAGAAACGACAAUCCAUCAAAAUCCACCUCAACAGUAGCUUAGACUCUUUAAAAGGGUACUUCAAUGUGAAAAUAAUAGGAAGACAAAAAGAACGAAGUUGAGCUCGUCUAAAGGAAAAUUAUUAUAGCCGCAAUGUAUUACUAUUUAUAUUUAUAUAUAGGUCACGACGCAAAUCCCUGAGUUGAAAAGCUUGACAACUACUGAAUUUUCAUACUAUUUUUAUGAAUCAAGUCAUGAAUUCGAUUUGAGAAACAAAUUUCAGUAAAUUUUGCUAAUAGACACAUCCUCCACUUCGAGAUCAAAGUCCUCUUCUAAACUAUCGAUUAGCAAUCCAUUAGCAUUCCUAGAGUUACCCGCCUUGGCUGAUCAACCUGUUCCAUUGCAUGACCUUCCACCGUCGUUAAUCUUUUGCGGCUCUCUUCAGACCCGGGGGAAUAGGAGAGACAGGAGGUUGAAGGGUAGGUGGGAUGAGAAUGCUCCCCAUCAGAGCAAUCUUUUAUAAUCUGAAGUGUGUUGAUUUGUUUUAAGGUUUGAGUCUACUCUUGUUUAUAUUCAUAUAAAAUAUAUUAUGUAUAUUUUCUUGUUUUUAGUUAUAGUUAAGUGGACCACUAUUUAAAAUUAAGUUUCUUCC